AUGUCUACAGAAACAUUCGAUAUCAUCAUUAUUGGCGGUGGUACUUCAGGCCUGGUUUUAGCCAAUCGUCUUUCGGAAGACCCGAAUCUACAGAUCGUCGUUCUGGAAAGUGGUGAAGACCGUAGCGCAGAUCCAAAUUCUCUUACUCCGGGUGCUUGGCCAUUGCUGUCACAUUCUCCAGAUAACUGGACAUUUCAAACGGUUCCUCAGAAAGAAGUCCCUAGGGAUAUCAUAGUUCCGCAGGGAAAGGCUCUGGGAGGCUCGAGUGCGAUCAAUAGCUUCCUCUUUACCUCUACAUCUAAGGCGACAAUAGAGGAAUGGAAAAAUUUGGGUAAUGAGGGAUGGGUCUAUGCUGCGUAUGAAAAGGCUUUGAAGAAGUCGUAUACUCUGCAUAAGCCCUUUUGUGUGACUGAAGGCAAUGGACCACUUCAGAUUACCCUUGCUUCGCCCGAAACUCUUUGGCAGAAAGCUUGGAUUGAAGGUCUAGAAUCCGUGGGAUUCCCAAGAACUGAUCCCCUUUCUGGUAAUCUUGGCGGACCAAAUAUUUCUCCUGAGAGCAUCGAUCCUAAAACAAAACAGAGAAGCUAUGCUGCUAAUGCAUAUUUGGAUCCAAUUCGAAGUCGACCAAACUUGACUAUUCAGACCAAUACGAAUGUGACUAAAGUGUUGUUUGAAAAAUCUUCAUCGGCUAGUGAUGCUCUCGCUACAGGCGUCGAGUUCAUCUCUAGAGAUGGCUUAUCGCAAAGUAUCAAAGCUCGCAAAGAAGUCAUAAACUGUGCCGGCGCCAUCAAUUCACCUCGAAUUCUUGAGUUGUCUGGAAUAGGCGACGCGGAUUUACUUCAGCGCUUGGAAAUCGAUGUUGUGGUUGACAAUCCACACGUUGGCGAGAAUCUCCAAAACCAUCUUUUCACAGGACUUACAUUUGAAGCGCGCGACGAUGUUGAAACAAUCGAUGCUUUUUUCCGCCAGGAGCCCGAUGCUGUUGCUGUUGCUAUGCAGGAGUAUGCCACAAAAGGAACGGGCUAUUUGAGUACCAGUAAUAUCACGACUAUGGCUCAACUUCCAUUACCUGAAUUCCACACAGAAGCCGGACGCAAAGAACUCGAUCAGUCAUUAGCUGCGUCAAAAUUCGAUUCAGAUUCUUUUCAAUCUUCCCCAACUACAUCCACCUUCGCAGCCGCACACGAAAAAUUUGUACGCUCCGUUAUCACAAAUCCCUCAGAAGCACUAGGAAACUACGUUUUCGGCUCAGGCUAUGCCCCCUUCGAUGCACCCAGCCCAAGCUAUCGCGCCCCAGGUAAACACAUCUCCAUCGCCAUCGAGCUCUCUCAUCCUCUGUCCCGGGGCAGCGUCCACAUAACCAGUUCCCUACCCGAACACACCGGCACCAAUACAGGCAUCGCCAUCAACUCCCGCUAUCUCACCUACCCCCUCGACAUCGAGAUUCUCUCCCGCCAACUACGCUUCACCGAAGACAUUAUCAGUCGCGCGGAACCUCUCACGCGGUAUUUGAAAUCAUUCUCGAAACGUUUUGCAGAUCUAGAUAUCGCGAAAGAAUAUGUAAGGCGCACAGUGGAUGGCGCGUAUCACUAUACGGGAACGUGCGCAAUGAUGUUGAGGGAGAUGAGGGGGUGUGGUGGAUAG